AUGUCACAAGUUCCUCUGAGCGAACGGGUAAAUGAGGGGCGGAGAGUGGAGAAUGAUGAGUUGACGAGGGAUGUGGCGGGAAGCAGGGGAGGGGAUAUGGCGGAGGGAGCGUGGUGGAUGGGGCGGGAUCGUGGUGGGAAUGGCAUGAGGGUGACGGUAAUGAUGAGGGAGACGGAACAAGGAUCUUUGAGUCGAGGACACUCUUAUCGACUCUCCGGCGGCGACACCUCUGUCGAAGAUUUGACGACAAUCAGGAGGCGGCGGAAGUACUACAGAGCGCGGAAAGUCCAGCAGGGAGGCUCAGAAUCCAGACAAGCCAACUACUGGAGCCGGUUCGUCGACACAUGGACGAAGCCGGAGCGGUCUGAUCGGGCGAGUAUCGAUAGGCGGGCUCAGCUUUGGCUCAGCUCGUGCCCAGAGCUUUCUGAUAAUGUUCUUGGCUCGAGCUGCGAGGAAGCGCCCGUUGUGAUGAAGCAUGCCGAUCCGGCCAACGUGGAUACUGUCACCGGAGGAGCAGCUCUAUCGCCUGCCGCUGGAAACUUUCGGAAGACAGCAUCGGCCAGCACGGAGCAACUCUUGCAUCUACUACGUCCUCUUGUCUCGGACAGCCAGAACCCGAUGGCAGGCCAGCAGACCUGGAACCGUCCUACAUAA